GCACGGAACAGCUGUCAUUACUGAAUAUUUGUAAACAUACGUUCCUACAUACAUUCUCGUAGAGAAAAUCGGCGUAGAAACUUGUUAAUUAUUUUCAUAUUGGAUUUUAUUGGUUGAUUCUGUAAUUAAGGCUCAGUACAGUAAAUGGUUUAAUCGAGAAAAUCUGUUCAUUUGUGAGGAAUACAUCAAAAUGCAGACUCAACCACAGUCUGGUACGGCAAGCUGGAUAAAUUCACCUCCGGUACGGUAUGAGGCAAAUCCGAUGCACUUUGCUACAACAAUAAAGAUUGAAAACGCACGAAACGGUAGCAUUGGGUUAGAUAGUACCGGAAUCAUACCACACAUGCAAAUAAAAAAAGAAAAUCAAUCGCAGCUAAACAGUACAAACACAGAAGAUGUUCCUUACGAGUUUGCAACAAAUGCAGAUACAGAAGAGGAUACGAUGGACUACUCGUUUGUUGACGAAAUUGAAAUAGGCGAAACGACGAUCGUGUCCUCCCUAGGUGAACAUGUGCAAGUAAAAUUGGAAUAUAUUUCAAACGAUGACACUUCUGUGGAACAAAAGAUACAAGGCGCAAAUAUAUCUUCCAUUCAUGAAGAUCGACGCAUAACAGCUGCAACAAAUAUGGAACGUUUGCAGGAGAAUAAAAAGCUACCCUUCAAGUGUGACUACUGUGAGUUAUCAUUCUUUAACACCCGCCAGCUGAGCAAUCAUCGACGAAACCAUCGGCUGGAAGAGUGUCCGGUUUGCAAGAAAACGGUCAUAGUCCGCUACCUGAAGGAACAUAUCGCACUAAACCACCCGAAAACAGAUGUACUGCCCGACAAGCGACUGUACAAAUGUGAUCAAUGCGAGAAGAUUUUCCACUGCAAAACGCUUCUUAUCGAUCAUCAGCGCAACCAUCAAACGAAAGAGUGUCCGAUUUGCAAACAGGUUAUAAAACUGCGCUCGCUAAACAUGCACAUCGCUCGAAAACAUUCAGCCAACGUGUCACUCUCCGAGCGACAUGCAUUUCAAUGCGAUCAGUGCGAUAAAUCGUUCGUGUCGAAACCUCACCUGGUCGAUCAUCAGCGAGAUCACACGGUGAAAAGCUGUCCGGUGUGUAACGUGAAGAUAUUGGCACGUUGUUUGAAGAAACACAUGGCCCGAAAGCAUCCACCCGGUGGUGGAAACGUUAGCUUAGUUCGCUUGUACAAAUGCGAAUGGUGUGAGAAAUCUUACGCUAAUAAACGUUCGCUCGUUAGUCAUCAAGCGAACCAUGAACAAAUGGAGCUAAGUGGUGAAUGAACUUAAAGUUUGUUGCACGAAAUAAAGCUUCUGCAGCGAGCGUAAAACUGUUAUUUACUCGAUACCAAAAAUGAAUUGGUAAAAGGUUAUUUUUCCACUGAAUAAAUAGCCCCUAAAUUGCUUUAUUUUCAUUAA